AUGACACGGGACUUCCUGAGAGAUUCUGUCAGCAUUGCUAUUGCGCAAGAUGGGCGUCAUAGCAUAUUGCACAUGAGAUUUUCUGCUUCGCAAAGAAAUCUAACUGUGCUCAAAGGAUAUGUGGGGUCGAUGCAAGUGAAACAUGGAGAGACUAUCACCAACCUCAAGAAAGGCAUGCUCCGAGUCCUGGACCGUUUGUGCACGCCAGGCCUUGGCGGGCCGCAUGAGGGACCUCCUGACCUUGUAUUGCGUGAGUUGCUACAGAAGCGCGUGACUAUUUGUGUGGCUGACGCAGCCUACAAUGAACAAGGAGCUUUGCGAGCUUGCGCUGAAGUCUUCCCACACAUGGUUUCCAUCCAGAAGGACAGGAGCCACGCUGUGCAAAGGCUUUUGAAAAGGCCAUGGGACUGUGAUGAGCAAAUCUACACCCUUUUGCAGCAAUACAUUUUGGGGAGCCAAAGCAUUUGUCAGAAGAUCCAACAUAGUCCAGCCUUGGUGAGCGUGUUCAACAGCUACCUGCAGGCGUCCGACAAAUGCCCAGUGCGAAGCCUUAGAAAGAAAAACUUGGCUGCCGCGAAGCACAGAUUUUCAUCAUGCUCGCAGCCACUCGGGAGGUUCAUCCUACACAUUGACGCCAUCCUGGCCACGUUGCUUUGGAUAGCAACCGCCCGAGCUGGCAGAGAGGAAGCCUGCGAAGCCACUGACACUUUGGCUGCCCUUUCAGAGAGGGAGCUUGUUUUGAUAGCGAUGCUUGCUGACAUCGGUGAUGAAGCCAUAAGCCUCCUUCGUGUUGUGGACACUGAAGAUGCUGACCUCACUGAUUUCCCCAAAGCUAUUGAAGCCUACGUGCGCCAUCUAAACUGCCUCAUCAACGAGGGUGCCAUCUUGCAGCAGGGCUUUACUGCCUAUGUUCUUGAGAUUUUGGAGCAGCCCUUUGGAUUCUUGGUCCGUGGCAAGCCUCGGACCAUUGGCGGGCCUGGAAAGAUCGAUGAAAACUUGCUGUGUGGAUGUGUGGAACGCUUGCAAGCGUUUCUGGCUCUGACGCUGGAAACUGUGAAAGCGGAAUUUCCCGCCCAUGAUUUGCUCAAUGCAUUCACAGUGUUUAACCUCGGCGGGCCUAUCGAUCCAGAGAUCGAGCGCAAAGGUUUGCUUCGUCUGUCGCUGGCCUGCAGCGUGGAUGCAGAGAGGCUUCGGUCUCAGCUGGCGGACUUAAAGCCGCUUGCCUUGCAUGAAAAAUCCACCGGCGCAAAGUCAAAUUUCGAAGCUUGGCGCGCGGCAGUGGCGCGAGUGAAGGCACGAAGAAGUCGAUUGGAAAGCGACGUCCUCCAGGAAGUGUUGGCCUACUACGGUUCCUGGAACGGUUUGUCCACAAGCGGUGUGGAACAAAAUUUUUCGUUACUAGACCGGGCCAUUCCCAAGGAGCGGAGGCUGAUGAGUGAGCAAACUGAGCUCGACGAGAAACAUUUGAUCCUUCGGGAUUCUGCUCGUGACGCCGUGCUCUGUGAGAAAGCCAGAGAGAUAUGGCGCCAAAGUUUGGGCUCAGUCCGCGAGCACACUGAGAAAGCCUUCUUGGCCAACAGGCGAGCAAUGACUCGAGAAGCAGCUCAGCCGGUAACGCUUGAGCAAGCGCAGGCAAACGCAAUGGCUGGCUGCCAAGCACUUUGGACAGAAGACAUGGCCGCUGAGCAAGAGUGGCAGAAAUCACAAGGCUACAAAGCAAAAAUUCAAGGCUACCUCGAAGGAAUUUUACUAGAGAGUGAGAUUGACCAAGAACUGAUAGAUGUGGCCCUGUGCUUCAAGGAAAUGAGGGGCCAGAAGGACCAAACACGUGCAGCUGAUGAGCUGCGGCGACAAGAUCUCUUGAAGGCGAAGCCAUUUGCUUUGCAAUCGCGGCCCUUUUUUGUCGCUGACGGCGCUUGGGCUAACUUGCCCAACGUCAAUGGCUUGGAAGCAGUGGCAGAUCCUUGCUUGGCAUCUAGCUGGGUAGUUCACGACCCGGCCAACCCAGGUGACCUUCUUACAUGGUGCGCUUUACUGUUCGGAGGGCACGUUUGUGAUGUCGCUUGCCUCCAGGCAAAUGGUCGCCGGGGCGUGGCCUUCCACUUUGCUCCAGCCAUCCAGUCUGUGCGGUGGGUUUUCAUCAGUGAUGGCUUUGCCCAUGACCAUCCAUCAUUGGCUUCUGCGGCGCGCAGGGCUCGAGCCCAUGAGCGCAGCAAAUGGAAAGUGUUGACUUCCUGGGAUGACUUUGCGCUCAAGGACCACAGUUUCACAGGGGAUCAUUUGAAGGAGAGUAGCAAACAAAAGUACAAGGCUUUAGCUUUGGCUUCUGUGGGGGAGGCUCGUGCUCUUCAAAUGGUGAACGUGUUCCACAAAGACGGUUUUGUGGAUUUUCUAGCGAAAGUUGCCACUGCCAGCAAAGGCUUUUGUGGAGUCUGA